UAUUAGAAAAUCACAUUGAGAAAGAUAAACAAAUUGAUGAAUCAAUCGAUGCGAAUAAUGAAAUAAUGGAGUCUCAAGAAAAUCAAUUUGAUAAACAUGAAUUACAUAAAGAGAUAGUUGAACCACGUGAAGAAUGCACUCAUCAGCGAAUCGUAAGGCUGGAAGAUGUGUUUAUUGAACAAAAGAAUCAAUAUCAGUGCCAUGCAUCAAAUUCUGAAUACGAUGAUGAAAUAGCAAAAUUAGCUACUCAAAUGCUCUCAGAUAACGUUCAUGAUAAUAUUCAAAACAAUGUUCAAGAAGACGUUCAAGAAGACGUUCAAGAAGACGUUCAAGAAGACGUUCAAGAUGAUAAUAUUCAAGACAAUGUUCAAAACAAUGUCGUUCAAGAUAAUAUUCAAGAUAGCAUUCAAGACAGCAUUCAAGAUAACAUUCAAAACAGCAUUCAACAUAACAUUCAAGACAGCAUUCAAGACAGCAUUCAAGACAACAUUCAAGACAUUAUUCAAGACACCAUUCAAGACAACAUUCAAAAUAACAUUCAAAAUGAUAUGCAAGAUGAACCGACCAUUACACUAUCCAGAGACGCAGAUAGUCAAAGUGUGCAAAACUUUAAACCAGAUGAUAUUGCAGAACAAAUUGAACUCGGUGACAUUACAGAACAAACUAGACUAGAUAACAUCGUAGAGCAGGUCAAUUCAGAUGUUGUGGAUGUUAAAGAAUCAAUAGACGAAACAAUAACCGGUUUUGUUGAGAACGUUGAGCAUGAUGAAGUGCCAUCUAUAAUGUUGGUAAAAAAUUCACCAUCAGCACUUUACGAUUCUAUAAAACACAAUGAACAAACCGAAUCUCUUGUUCUCACAUCGCAUGAUAUUGCAUCGGCAUCAAAAAAUGUUGAUACAAAUUUAUCUGUACAUACUGAUCAAGAAAUUGCUUCGCCUAUUAUAUCAACAAUCCAAAAUGAACAUGAUGAUAUAUCAACAGUUGAUAGUUCUGAAGACAGCAAAGAUAAUAAAAUUCAUAGAGAAUGUGUUAUAGACACUGAACAAAUAAAGACGCAAGUGGAUUUAGACGUUACAAUUGCUGAAAAGAUAAAAGAACCCGAGUAUAACGAAAUACCUCAAUUUCAAACUUCAUCAUCACAUCCUAAAAAGAAUAAAGGCAAGACGCCAGUUAGACCUUUUAAUAAAAAGAAACUUAUUGAUGAUAAAAAUCAUAGUGAAAUUAUGCAACAAGAUGUUUCAACAUUAGAUAUUGUAGGUAAAAAAAAUACAGACUCGGUUAAUAGUCCACAUUUGUCUAGGAAUAAAAUUAAUCAGAACCAAUCAAAUUUAAUACAGCCAAUAAUUGCUCAACAUGAUUGUUCGAGAUUGGUGGAUUUAAAGGCUACUCAACCCGAUGUAUUACCCGUAGGAAUAGCAUCUUUACCAUUAGUAAAUCAAUCAAUGGCCUAUUUGAUGUAUUAUCGAAGA